AUGGCAGCAUGCCAAGAAAGCGGUAGUCACCGGGCGCCCGUCUUCCUCCGUUCGUAUACGAGUGACUCCGAUCCGCCGCAUCCUGACCCUGCCGGGAUUAAGGUGUGGCAGGCUGCACGCGCUGCAUUGGCCGCACUAGGGUACUUUGCACCUAUGAAGGUUGGCAAGGUAAAGCUCGUGGACGGCGGGCUGCUAGCCAACAAUCAGGGCCUGUCCGAGUACGGCCUACAGCGAAAAGCCGAUUGCGUCCUGAGCAUUGGGACUGGGAUGGCGCCCAGCGUAGCAGUAUCCCAGCCCGGACUUACCUUUAAUGAUGCGAUGAGAGGCUUUGCUGCCCUCGCUACGAACACUGAAAGCACCCAACUCCCGUUUUGCGGGCUUAUAAAUGCCUUCGCUCCUCGCCUAGGCACAGAGAAGUAUUGGCGAUUGAAAGUUGCUAAAGAGGCCACUGAGGAAAGUGAAUGGAUGAGAAUUUGGAACAACAUUCGGGGACGUAGCUCUGAAUUGACCUUAAAUGACUUUGCUGAUCCAUGGGCACUCGAUGAUGUAAAAGCUAUCAAGGAGUUAGAGAAGUGGACAGAAGAAUACGUCAGGGCUUGA